AUCGUGUUUUCUUGCUGGCAAAGCUAAAUGAAAUCCGAUGCAAUAAACGUUCCCCAAAACGAAAUUGCAGCCUUCCUUUAUUUUUCUCCUUUGUCGACUAAGUGUUUCUCUGCUCCUUUCACCAUGACCAAGCAGCAGGCUAACUGGUCUCCUUACGAUAACAAUGGAGGAUCUUGCGUAGCGAUCGCUGGAGCCGAUUACUGUGUUAUCGCAGCUGAUACUAGAAUGUCUACCGGUUACAAUAUCCUCACCCGCGAUUACUCCAAAAUCUGUAAACUAGCAGAUAAAUGUGUUAUGGCAUCCUCAGGGUUUCAAGCUGAUGUAAAGGCUUUACAAAAGCAACUGGCAGCUAGGCACUUGAUUUAUCAGCAUCAGCACAACAAGCAAAUGAGCUGCCCUGCAAUGGCUCAGCUGCUGUCCAACACCCUUUAUUACAAGCGCUUCUUUCCUUAUUAUUCUUUUAAUGUUUUAGGUGGCCUUGAUAACGAAGGAAAAGGUUGUGUUUUCACGUAUGAUGCUGUUGGUUCCUAUGAGAAGGUUGGAUACAGCUCCCAAGGUUCUGGUUCAACACUCAUCAUGCCUUUCUUGGAUAAUCAACUGAAAUCCCCCAGCCCUCUCCUAUUGCCUGCCCAGGAUGCUGUUACUCCACUUAUGGAAGCUGAAGCUAUUGAUUUGGUUAAAACUGUUUUUGCAUCAGCAUCUGAGAGAGAUAUAUACACCGGAGACAAACUUGAAAUCGUUGUCAUAAAUGCUGAUGGUAUCCGCCGCGAAUAUAUGGAUCUGAGGAAAGAUUGAUUGAUUUUUACUCUGAACUUGGUUAGAGCUUUUGCAGAAGUGGAAUACUUGAAUUAAUGGAAUGGUCAGUUGUGUUUUUACCAUGGUUCUCGUAUUAAUGUGGCUGCUGCUAGUAUUGAACUAUUUUUUUGUAUUCUGACUGUGGUGGUACUUAAAUCAUGCAGUUGAUUUUAUCAUGACUUAUCUAUCUGCUGUUAAGCAAAAAAAACCUUGGAUAACGUUUCAUGGAUGGCAAUGGCAUGAAGCAUGACUCUUUUGAUUAUGUUUGGCAAAUUGAUAAUGAAAUGCUGUCCAAAACCCAAUUGUUGCAAGAGCACAGUAAUGCAAUUGGUCUGUUGAUACA